AGAAGACAUUUCGAUUGGCUGACGCCAAGAGCGACCGAUGAUUGGUUGCGAUCCGCGGCCAUGCAUGUCGUCCGAUUGGUCGACGCCGCCGAAAGCAGGUGAUUGGCUGUCCGCCGUCGCCGGUGGAAGCUGCCGAUUGGCCACUGAUUGCAAGAGGGACAUUCAAGGCAACGAACUUUGUGAGAGGAACGUUGAAGAUUCUUGUUUCCCAAUAAUAGAAGUGGAAAGCUGCUACGUACUUUAAGAAAGAGUAAUGGGAGAUCUGAAGAGUGAGACCAGGAUACACGUAACGCCAGACACACCUGGGCGACCUCCUGUCUCAAAUCCUUUUGAGAGCCCUAGUGAUUAUGCAACAUUGCAUGAACCUGUGGUCCCCAGUCCCUCAGUCUUCAGAUUAGUGAAAACACCUGAUUCACAGACACCUGGAAAAUUCAGAUGGUCCAUUGGAGAGCUUGCCAUCCUGCAUCCAAUUGAAAUUGAUCCAGAAGAUGUUCACCAGCAGUCUGCAUACAUGAGCUGCACCAGAUUAGAUAAUGAUAUUGAGGCAAGAAAACAAAAAGCCAUUGAAGAAUUUUUUUUGAAGAGUGUCAUCGUCCCUUCUCCUUGGACUCAAGCUGAAGGAAAACCGAUUCUACAAUCCCAUCGAACCAAAUGUUCAUCCUGGGAGAGGAAUUCUUCAGUUACAUCGAAAGAAUCUGUUAGAUUACCUGGGAUGCAUAAUGCAGCUUGUCAGACCGUGUUGUCCUUACCUGUAGACUUUGAUCUGGAAAAAAUAAUAGGUGAACAUUAUAAAUUGGAACAUCCUGCUGACCAAUCCCAUGAAAGUUUGAGUGCAUCUUCACUUCGGAGAAAGCUGUUUAUUGAUGGUGAAAGAAGCUACUCUGAUAGCUCCUCCGUUCCUUCUCCAGAGGAAAGUCCAUGUGGUGGAUCUGCUCAGCCUCACGUAAAUCUAAGGUCAUCAGAUUCUUCUCCAUUUCGAUGCAAAAGCCCGACAAAAACUCCUAGUUCUGGGCAAUUUUCAUCAAGUCCUAUCCGUGAUGCUGUAAGAGCGUGCAGUUUAGGGAGCCUAACAAGCCCCAUGUUUCCAGGGAAAUCCUCACCACAUACUGCAUCACCAGCUUUAUCUCCGAUUGAAUCUCAGUUUGACAAAAUGCCAGUUUCAGAAGAAAGGAACUUUACUUCUAUGUCUCCUGUUGCUCAUGCUGCAGCUAUUUUAGAUGGGAAUUUUGACCACUGUACAGAAUCACCUUUCAUAGAAGGAUGUUCACCAAUUAAAAUGUGUCCACCUAUGAAUCCCAGACUUCACAGUGAUCCUUGUCACAUUUCUCCUCAAACGUUAACUCUUCAGCAAGAACACAAAAGUGAGGAGAGAACCCAUUCUCCAGCACAAGAAAUAGAUGCAGAAGUGUUCUCUUUACAUCUGGGAGCAGAAAAUAAAACAAAUUGCAUUACGUGUCUCAAUCUCUCAGAAGUCAAUGAGAAUAUUUUAGUGCUUCGAGAUGAGAAUGAGGAUCAUACUGUUGAUAUGGCUGACCUAGGUGCACCUGAAGGCGAUGAUAACAGUUGGGUAAAAGAAUCGGAAAGCAAUAUUAGUAUUCCAAGGACCAGCUCAACUGGAAUUGCUUUUAAUGUGGAUAGCCCUCACAUGUAUAUGUCACCUCUUGCAGAAAGCAGUGCUAUUCCUUCUGAGAGCAUUAGUAUGCAGGCUGAUAGUGGAUAUAAUACACAAACCACUUCUGCAAAUAGCUUAAUGGAUGCCAUUGGAACAGAUAGCCAGCUUGGUAAAGAGCAUUUGGAACUACAAUCUCUAGUUGGAACUGUACCUCCAAAUAAGCUUAAUCUAAAAUCUAAGGAUGUCCUUUGCUCUGAAUGUAAAGAGAACAAAGAAAUUAUGAGAUUGAAUCCAGCUGCUAAUUCAAAACCCUUUCAUAUCAGUAGGCUGCGUUAUGCACAUGAUGUGGUGCUAAGCCAGAACAUUUACCUGAAUACUUGGAAAAACCCUUGUGAACAAACGCUGAAUAGAAUUUUUGAAAAGAAUGCAAAAUAUUCUCCAUCCAGACUACGUGAUGAGAAAUCAUGUUUCACAAAACAACCUCUUGAAAUGACUUUGGAGGAACCUGAGCCCAUCACUGAUAACCUUAUGUCUGUGUUUUAACUGAGUCAUGACUGAAAAGUACAAUAUUAUAAUCAGUAAUCUUUGUUAAAUUUAGAAGAAUU